CUCCAUGGAUGGCUGUUAUAGCCACAGCUGACCAAGCGCUGCACAUGAUAACUCAAUAUGACUGCAGACUGACUUCACAGCAAACCCAACAAGCCAUCACCAACCCAGCUGACCCUUGCCAUUUCGUGCUCGGAACCACGGCGGUCAUGGGAUUGGGGGCAUACUUGAAGGCGUCUGGAUCAGCGCAGCCAGGCAAGCUACAUCGCUAGCUUGGCUGGAACAGACCAGAUCAACAGGACCCCUGGUGUAGUCCAAAAUAGCAUUUUCAGAGCUUCUAGAUCAUUUCAGAGCAUUAAGCAUAAAAUCAGAAGAAGAACGGCGACAGAGCGAG